CGCCAUUUUGAAUCGAAAAUAUGACCGAUUUUUUUUUCUCCUUACCUUGCAUGUGAGCCUCCGAGUCUGUCGAGCCUGGUAGCUAUAUGGUUUGUUAUAGCGAAAGGUGUAGGAAAUACAGAAACACCAUGUAUCACCUUUUGGAGAGAUAGCUAGUUCUCGAAAGACCGUAGGAACGAAAACAACGGAGUAGUUUUGGGCAGUAACGUUACUGGUAGCAAGCUAGCUAGUUAGCUUUACAGGCAAAACAAAUCGGUUUCUCCGCUGAAGCUAAGCUAAGUAAGCGAUCAACUCAACACUGAGCUAGAGUGUCCUUCUAAGGUGUGUGUGUACUGAGGAGGCCUUGGUGAGAAGUGGACCCCAUGCUGAUUCAUGCCAGGCCGCUCCUUGCUCUCUGCAUUUUGCCACUCAAAUGCCUGUCUGCCUGUGGAGGAGGUGUAAUUAAGGAUUCACUGAUUUCAUCUGCUGGUCUGUGCUUCCUCCUGCAGCUGACGCCGCCAUGUUCUGGAAGUUUGACCUGCACACCACCUCCCACAUUGACCAGCUGCUGGACCGGGAGGACGUGACUCUAAGAGAGCUGAUGGAGGAGGAAGAUGUGCUGCAGGAGUGUAAGGCCCAGAACCGCCGGCUCCUGCUCUUCCUUUCCCAGGACCACUGCAUGCAGGAGCUGGUAAGCCUCAUCACGGAGGAGCCCCCUGCUGACCUGGAGGAGAAAACGCGCUUCAAGUUUCCAAAUAUCGCAUGUGAACUCCUCAUCUCUGACAUGACCGUCAUUAAUGAUAAGCUGGGUGGAGACGAGUCUCUCCUAGAGAAGCUCUACAGUUUCCUCGAGCGGGACCCUCCUCUCAACCCCCUGCUGGCUUCCUUCUUCAGCAAGACCAUCGGGAACCUGAUAGCGCGCAAAACCGAGCAGGUGAUUUCAUUCCUGAGGAAAAAACACAGCUUUAUCAGUCUGGUGCUGAACCACAUAGAUGCAUCGGCAAUGAUGGACCUGCUCCUCCGACUCAUCAGCUGUGUGGAGCCGGCCCCCCUCAGACAAGAGGUCCUCAAUUGGCUGAAUGAGGAACGGCUGAUCCAGAGGCUGACUGAGCUCAUGCACACAGGGAGAGAUGAAGAGAGACAAUCGAAUGCGUCCCAGACUCUUUGUGACAUCAUCCGUCUUAGUCGAGACCAGGCCAAUCAGAUGCCAGAGGCCACUGAGCCGGACCCAUUACUGGUAGUCCUAGAGUCAGAAGAGAAUGUGGCGCAGCUUUUGAAGAGCAUGUUUGAGGGGGAGAAGACUGAAGCUUCUAUAGUCAAUGGAACUCAAGUGCUUCUUACAUUACUGGAGUCGAGGAGGUCAGGGCUGGAGGGUCUGAUGGAGCUGUAUUCUCAGGGAUGUGAAAGGUCUUACACUGUCAGCGGCAGUAUUCUCCGUGCUAUUGAGCCUCAUCUAAAAGACUUCCAGCAACUCUUACUGGACCCUCCGAAGAAAAGUGCAAUACUCACAACCGUCGGCGUUCUGGAGCAGCCCCUGGGGAACGCCCGCCUUCAUGUGGCCAGACUGGUGGCCUCCCUGCUGCAGAGCAGUGACCACAGCAUCUGCCAGGAACUCUGUAGACUCAACACCAUGGACCUGCUGCUGGAUUUAUUCUUUAAAUACACCUGGAAUAACUUCUUGCACUUCCAAGUGGAGCUGUGUGUGGCAUCGAUUCUGAACCACUCUGCACACGCGGGUCUGCAGACUCCCGCUCUCCAGAACCACGAGGAGAACUCUGUUCCAGUUUCAGACAGCCAGACUGAGCAGGAGAUUCCAGACUUGACCAGCAGCACAGACUCUGCACACACACCCAUCCAUGGCGCCUUGGUGGCCAAUCUCUUCCAGCAGUGCCGCUUGGUGCAAAGAAUCUUGGACGCUUGGGAGGAGAACGAUAAAAUUCAGGCUGCUGGCGGCACCAGGAGAGGUAACAUGGGUCACCUUACUAGAAUUGCCAACACUGUGGUUCAGAACCUGGAGAAAGGGCAGGUCCAGUCUCAGAUUAAUAAUCUGAUAAAAGAGCUGCCCGAGGACUGCAGAGGGAGGUGGGAGAGUUUUGUGGGUGAAACUCUGAGGGAAACGAACAGGAAAAACACUGUGGACUUGGUAAGCACACACAACCUGCACUCCUCCAGUGAGGACGACGACUUAGAGAGUCCCUUCCCCAAUGACCUGUCUAUCCAACAGGCAUUUUCGGAUUAUCAGAUCCAGCAGAUGACUGCCAAUUUUGUAGAUCAGUUUGGCUUCAACGAUGAGGAGUUUAGUGAGCAUGAUGAAAACAUCAAUGCUACUUUUGAUCGGAUUGCUGAGAUUAACUUCAAUAUUGAUGCAGAUGAUAAUAGUGCCAAUGCUGCUGCUUUUGAAGCAUGUUAUAAAGAGAGAAUACAGCAGUUUGAUGACUGUGAAGAGGAGGAGGACAUUUGGGAAGAUAAAGCGAUCAACUAUGCAACUCAAGUGAAAUCCCGAUCUAGGUUUGGGGUGUCUUUGUCAUCAGACAGCUCCCCUAAGGAUCCUGUGAGGAAUGGGCAAAGGGGCCGCGGGUCGGCCUCGGAGGAAGAGGAAGAGGAGGAAGGGGCCAGUCCGCCUUCUAUACAGACACCAGGCAGCGAGAAGGCCUCAUCACCACGGACUCCACAGAGUCCUGGUUGGACAGCAAGUUUCAGCGAGGCAGGGGAUGGCUCCUCCUGGGGCUCUGCCCCCGAGCAGGCCAGUGAGAAGAAGGGGGAUACAGUGUGGGCCACAUUCACUGAGUUCCAGCCUUUCUGCAGCUCAGAUUCCAGGAACUCCAAGAGCCAGUCUGAGCAGAACCAAGAGAAGAAGAGUGCAGGUGAGUGGGAGCUGUGCGGCGGGCGAAAGGCUCCUCUGGUGGCCUCAGAUAGCAGCUCUUCUGGAGGCUCUGACAGCGAAGAGGAAAUGGGAAAUGACAAGACUGAGGGCUCUCCAAGAAUAGCUGCCAACCAGAAAACAGCAGCCCAGAGUGAGGUGCCUAUUGAGUCAAUGGAAAAGCUGACCAUUUGCGAUGGGCCCCUGAAAGUCACAGAGUCUGCAACACCUCCAGAGGCUCAGGAACCCACAGGAGACUCGGAAAACACCACUGUGACAGAGAAGAGAGUUGAUGUACCGUCUGAAAUGACGACACCCAAUGGACCGAUCUGAAUGGACCGAGCUUUCAUUGAAAAGCUAAUCAACACCCCAGUUAAACCCACUCUUUGUUGCUUCCAUUUUUAACCCCCAAAACCUCAGUACCACUUUUGGUGUUAAAGUAAAUGAUGCUGCCAUGUUAUUGGACCUGGAUACUGCCAAUCAGCACCCGCCAAAAGAAGAGGCGAGGGGCAUGUAACCCCAACCAGUAACCAGAACAGUGCUCAGAGGAGUUAGUCUUUUAAUCCUUUUAACUUUGUAUGAAAUAUGCACAGUUUUAAUGUAGCGGUGAUCUUUUACUUACAGGAUCAUUAAGGAUAUGAUUUAAAAAUGCUUUUUUUCUCAUUUAUUUUGGUUUGGUUCCCCUCUUUUAAUUCAUUUUUGGAAGAUGUUUUACUUACAGACUGUAGAAACAGGGAUAUGAAGGCCCUCAUAGGAAAGCACAGGUCCUUAUGUAAUUAUGCCUCAACAGGUCCUUACUCAAAUCAAAAUGUUGUUGCUUAAGAAGCACUUAUGCAAGCAUUCACUGUAUAUUUAAGCACAACUAAAGUAUUAUUUAAACUUUUAAUUUUUAGUAGAAAGCAUCCAAUUGGUUCCUUGUUGAAGACAGACUGUAAUCUCCCAGACUCUGUAACAGAUACUUGAAUGUUUUCAAGUGCUUUUGAGGCGAGUCUUUAUUUCGGGUUUUGGGUCGAUAUUUCAACUCACAGAUGGUGUCACUGCUUGUCUUCAUUGUGUGCAAUAAUGAAAUCUUAGCAUUUUAUUUAAAUUUCAAAUCACAUGAUAAACUAGCAUUGGCAGUGGGAUGUUCCAGUAUAAGUUUAAUCAGGAUUUUCUUAUUUCUUUUGCAUGCAGAAUAUUGUAAAUCAAGCAUAUACAACAACUCGUUUCUGCUGACAUCUUUUCUAGGCCUUCUGAUUGUAUUCAGUGUUGUCCAUGCCGUUUUUCCCCUCUCCACAUCAACAAAAUGAUAUCUGCCUAAUCCUAUAUUAUCUAAUGUACUGCUUAACUAAAAUAUUUUGUCCCCUGAUAAAGCACUUCUUUGAGGUAAAUACAUAUGUAACCUUUGGGUCAAGUUAAAAUAUUUACAGUAGGUUACAAUAAUCGUGAAACAAGUUGCCACAGUAAAUGGUCUUUCUUGAAACUUAAGCAUUAUGUGAAUACUUCUCCCACAAUAUUUUAAUAUAUGUGUAUAUUCCUAUUUGAACAUUUUAUUUUCUUACCAUAGGCAAGACAGUCAGAAUGGUCCCAAGUACAUUAUACUUUCUGUAAGACCAAUAAGAACAAUGCUUUUGUACCAUAAGAACAGACAUACUAAUGUUAAAGUAGUUGUUCAUUUAUCCUUCCUUCCUUUCAGAAUCGGUCCCUAGCUCAAGUAUGUCCAUUUGUGUGAUGAUUUAUUGUGGCCAUCAUUUGAUUUAGGAACUUUGGUUUGUUUUUUGUUUUUUUUUUAAUCAAUUUUUUGUUCAUCAUAUCUUUGAAUUUAAGAUGGUACCAAAUCUGUGGGAUUACAGGAUAGGGAUUUUGAAUUAUUUAUUUCAAACUUAAACAAGGUUAAGUUCAUGUGGAAACCUGUGCACCCUUGAUGCAGUGUAACACCAUUAUUGUAAGCUUUUAUGUUCUCUACCGCUGGCAUAUGAAGCCUCAUUGGAUUCUACUUCUUUAUCUGAAAUUUUCAAUAGGUUUGUUUUCAAAGCCAAAAGUAUGUGUUGCCUUUUCUUUAACUGUAUACUGUUUAAAGAACCUUAUUUUUCUCUUUAACCAUUAUUUUACAUAUUGUAGAGAGUCUAAUUUAUGUGAUCCUCAGCAACCAAAUACUGCUUUCUGUUUGUUUGUGUCUGGAUUGGUUCUCUGUAGGUGUUUUUUAGACCCACAUAAAAUGGUCCUCUGAAUAUAGGGCUUACCCCAUACAUGGGUGCAUAACAAGGUUUUCUUCUCUGAAUUAUAAAGCUGCAGUAAAUAAGUUAUGGAAAUCAGUCAUGCAUGACCUGACAGCAGCCAUUCCAGUCCUGCAGGGUGCCGAAAUGUUCCUGUGCAUUUUAGAGCUUUCCCUGCUUUCAGCACACCUAAUUCAAAUAAUCAAACACUUCAUGAGGUUAAAUGGGAUGGUGGAUCAGGGGAACCACUCAAAUCUGGGUAUGUGCUUCAGGGCUAUGACUGUUACAUACAGUGAUGGGUUGUUUUGUUUUGUUUUUUGUGAGUUUGUCUUCAUUAAAAAACUCAAUCAGAAUCACUUUUUAUGCUGCACCAUCAGCUUUAGUGGCAAGUUAGCAAAAAUGCAUGUUUGGCCAGACACUGCAGUGAUUUACUAAAGUUUUGUUUUAAUUCAGAUUUUCCAUUGGUUCAGAACUUAAUUACUGCAGCUUCAAGUGGCUGAUAAAACCACAGACUUCCUAGAUUUCUGUUUCAAGGAUGCUUUAUGAAUAUUCCAGUAGAGCAUGUGUAUUUUUAUGGUUAUAGAAUGAGGGUCAUAAAGCUGUGGCCCAGCGUCACAGCUUAAAAAAGCUAGUAUGUUAACAGCCACAAGAGUGCAUUAUGCUAAUAAUGAAUUGAUGAAAAAUAACAAUGCAUUGGAAAGGAAGAAAACAUUGGUAUGCUGGUUAGUAAGUAAUGAUGCUCAUUUUUUAAAAAGGCCCCCAAAUUAUAAUUGAUUAUAUCCAAAAUGGGGGAAAAUCUACAUUGACUUCUGUAUAGACUGGGUCUAUACAUGGCAUUGUUAACUAUAUAUUUUGAUAGAUAUUUUCAGAUUUGUUUGAUAGUCAUGUUCAGCAUUAAAUUUAAUAAAUGUGUUAUCAUAUUUUACUAUCCA